AUGACGCCUGGUAGCCGAAUGCUGAUGGUCAUUCUGUUGUGCCAAGUGCUGCUCGGCGGUGCCAACCGUGCCAGCCUGAUACCCACCGAGCCUGGGAAGAAGAAGGUGCCCGGGGACCCGCAGCAGCAGCAGCAGCGCGGGCAGGAGAGCAGGGGCAGGGACGGCGGCCCGGCGGCCCCGCGGCGCCCCUUCCCCAGCCAUGAACUCUUGCGCGGGUUCGAGGCCACCCUGCUCCAGAUGUUCGGCCUCCGCCGCCGGCCGCAGCCCGGCCCGGCCGCCGUCAUCCCCUCGUACAUGCUGGACCUCUAUCGCCUGCAGUCCGGGGAGGAGGAGGAAGCGCUGCACGACCGCGGCCUCCAGUACCCGGAGAAAUCCACCAGCCGCGCCAACACCGUGAGGAGCUUCCACCACGAAGGUUCGUGA